AUGUCUGACGACGAGUUCGGUGCCUUUUUCGAAGAGCCAGAGGACUUCCGGCCUCCUGCCCCUGAACCUCAUCAAACUCUGUACCAGCGAAAGCUUGAUGGCGUCUCUCCCAAAGAGAUUAAGCUCAGAUUGGUGGGGUCGCUGCCGCUUUGGGGACACAUGUUGUGGAAUGCUGGCAUUUACACAGCUGAUUUCUUGGACAAACACAGUCAGGACCUUGUUAAGGGUAAGCAUGUUCUCGAAGUGGGUGCUGCCGCCGGCUUACCGUCGCUCAUAUGCUCAUUAAACGAUGCUACUAAAGUUGUGUGCACUGACUACCCUGAUGCCGACUUGAUUACCAAUAUCCAGACCAACUUUGAUAUGCUCAAGGAAGAAGCUUCUCUUGCUCCUCAUUUGGUCACUGGGUACAUUUGGGGUCAGGACUUGCGUCCGCUUGUGGGGAGAGACACUACUGAUGACAAGCCUGAACUCACUGACGCCGAGAAGUUCGAUUUGUGUAUUCUUUCCGACGUCGUGUUCAACCACAACCAGCACCACGCCUUGCUUGAAACAUGCCGUAAAGCCCUCAAGUCCACGGGUCGGGCGUUAGUGGUGUUUUCCCCACACAGACCGUGGCUUUUGGAAGACGAUCUCCAGUUCUUCACCACUUGCGAAGAACAUCAACUCAAAGCGGAGAAGAUCGAGAUGGUGAACUGGAAACCGAUGUUUGACGAAGACCCGGAGACGGUAGAAAUUCGUCUGCGCAUAUAUGCUUACUAUUUAGUUCCUCAAUGGGACUAG